UAAAUCUAAGUUUUGUGGAUGUCGAGACCUCGCAAUCUCAUCGACAAAACGAGACAAACGAACGCGAUCAAAUCGCAAUAUUUUGAACAAAUACAAAUAUACAAUAUGGUAUUUUGAAAAAUGUACUUAAAAUAAAUUUCUUUUGUCACGUUGAUGACCAAUCGUCCAAACAACAAACAUACGUACCUUGGUGAGUGACGACUGAUAAGAAAGCGGUGAAGAGAACGGACAGCCGCCAAUCUGCAUGUGUAGCAUAUAUGCAUGGUGAUGCGCAUGUAACCGGCCAAGUAGAGCAUGCACAAACAAUUUACAAUUUAAAAAUUCUCAAAGCUUGUUUGAGUAUGAAAAACCACAUUAGGUUCUAGAUAAUAUUCUUACUUCUAAAUGUUAUGACAUGACAGGUCAAUUCGCUCCAGUAUUAAUCAUAACAGAGUUAAAUGGAUUUCCAGAACGUAUAAUUAACCAUUUUAUGCGUUUGUAAGACGGAGACAACGCAUGCGGGUGUACCGCAAGGUUUUUAGAUCAUAGUCUAAAAACCUUGGUUGUUCCGUCCUAUUAACAAUUAUUUUUAGUAAUAACUAAUAAACAAGUAAUAACUACUAAUAAGUAAUAACUUAUAACAAUAAUAAUUAUAGUUUUUAAAUAAAAUAAUUAUUUUAUCGUGCGCAUCACGACAGCACUGUACAGACGCAUGUGCCCAUCGUAUAAUAAUUGUAUUCAUAUUAUAAUGUAUUCUGUUUUCGGCGGCAGUCUGUAGUCAGUUCCCGAGGUGAGUGGAUCGAUGUACUCUGUCUGUUAAUAUUAUUUUUUACAUUGUUCUUUUAAAAAUAUGUUUUAUGUAUUAUCCGUUUAGACAGAACAACAGCAAUACAGAAUUCACUGUAUUGGGUACGCCGCGUCUGAAACAUUACAAUAAAACUAUGCCACGAGUCAAUCCUUGCAGCAAAUCGACUUUAUUUCAAAUACUUCGUUUUUCGUCAACGGAAACGACGGCUGUCAAAGAAUUUAACGAAAUCCCAGGACCAACAUCUCUGCCUCUGGUCGGCACCCUUUACCAAUAUUUACCUGUAUUUGGUAAGUACAAAUUUGACCGAUUGCAUCACAAUGGGUUGGCGAAACUCCGUCAGUACGGACCAGUUGUCCGGGAAGAUAUUGUGCCCGGCGUGUCCAUAGUGUGGAUAUUCAAACCGGAAGACAUCGAGACGCUUUACCGGAAAGAAGGCAGGUACCCGGAAAGACGUAGUCAUUUGGCAUUACAAAAGUACAGAUUGAGCAAACCAGAUGUGUACAACACUGGAGGACUUUUGCCCACGUGAGUCUAUGAUUAAUUUGGUUGAUUAAUA